UGACCACUGACGAAGGCUAUUCUCGUGCUGCUGCUCCCGGAAGCCAAAGACUGCUGUCCACUGACUCCCCCAAGGCCCUGAGACGCAAUGUUUCUGCUGCGCCUAGGCCUACUCUUGCCGGCCCUGUACUUGGACACGACGUAUGCCUCCGUCGCGUUGGGACGGCGCUGCUGCCCGGAUAGUCAAGUUCUCACCGACGGAAAAUGUACCGGUGGCACAGUGGGCGUCUUCGAACCUCCCAUAAGCUCUUCAUCGGAAACUUCCUGGUCAUUCCAUCCCCUCACGUGUUCAGAGGGCUACAUAAAGCAUGACACGGACAUCGGAAACGACUCCCUGGUCACACGCGAGGCCAGGGUGGAGCUGAAGUGGGAGGAUGUGUUUUCGAGGAGAACGACUGAGUUCUGCGUGGCGGUCAACCACAUAGGAAAAUAUAUCGCAUAUCUAUGUCGUCCAGAUAUUCAAAAGGCGAAGAAACAUAACAUAGCUGAAUUUUCGGCAUUGACUGGGUUUGACUUAAAACAUCUCGAGUGCAUUCGGAAUGAAUCUCUGCCAGGAACAGAAGAUACCGACGUGCAUUUCGUAGUAAGCACUCCGAAGUGCGACUCUCGCCAUUUCCUCACUGUCUACAACGCGAGUACUGACGGUGAAAAUGAGUUCGCCGUGAACGAAGACGGCGCACUCUCUCUUUUCUUCGGCGACUGGCAUGAAAUAGGAAGUUACUGCCUUGCUCGUAAUGGAAGGACUAUAGAUACAGCCGUUUAUUGCGCCCGCGAACAGAGUCCUUUGCUGGCAAUGAAGAACUAUAUGGUAAAGAUAUGCCUAGCCGUGUCGUGUCUAUUUCUGGCCUUGACGAUCUUGAACCAUGCUCUCACCAAGAAGUUGCGAGAUGUACAAGGACUCUGCUUCCUGUGCCACAUGAUAUCGCUACUGGUGGCCGAUGCAGCGCUCAUCUGCUCAUCUUGGUCCUCCAAACAUGUCUCGCCGACAUCCUGCAUCAUAAAUGGGUUCAUCGUGCAGUAUUCAUUUCUAGCAACCUUUGCUUGGAUAAAUAUCAUGUGUUUUGACAUCUGGCGUGUGGUGAAAGCAACUAUAAGUCUGGUACCGCUGAGUGACAUCCUGGCCAAUGACACAAAGAAGUUCAGAGUAUAUUGCGCACUUGCCUUUGGUCUGCCUCUUGUCAUAGUUUCCGUAACAGUUAUCGUGCAGGUCCUGCCGAAGAGCCUCGUCCCGGGGAACAGCGCCUUUCGCCCCAAUUUUGGGGCCACGUCCUGCUGGUUUCAUGGAUACUCAGGAAGUUUGCUGUACUUCUAUGGACCCGUCGGAGUGUUCUCUGUGACGAGCCUGGCAUUUCUCGGACACACCGUCGUCAUGCUGUUCCAGACGGGGAGUUUAUGUACCUGCUGUUCCAAGAAAGCCCCUGUAACGGCGUGUAAUCGGACACAUCUCGCAGCAUUUUGGCAGCGCUUCAGUUUGUUCGGUCUCUCCGUGCUCUGCUGGGUGACCGAGUUCCUCUCCCGGCUGAUUCAACCUCCAGAAGUUUGGAUUGUAACAGACAUCAUCAACUCUCUGCAGGGCGUCAUUGUAUUCAUCAUUUUCAUUACAAGCAAGAAGAAACGACACAUUAUUUUCCAGUCAUGGGAGAGCACCAUGUCCUCAGUCGUGUCGCGAGCAACCAAGACCUUCUCGCGAAGUGAUUCGGCAGGAAGUUCAUCGUGAACAAUCAGGAAAAAAAUAGUGUCGUAGACACACGAAGGUAUUAUCACAUGAACAACACGAGGGCGAAUCGGAUGCUACACGAACGAGUGAAACAGACAUCAAAAGUAGGAUAACAUUGCGGGGACUCAAGUGGAUUCCACACAAAAAAUAUGGUCAACAGGACAAGACUCAUAUACCAUGACAUCAAAGUGUUGAAAACAUCCUGUGACAAAGUAACACCAUGUUAUGACCCAAGAAGAGAAAAAAAAGUCACGAAUGCGAAAGCAAUAUAUAUCAUAACGUACCAGACUAGGAAUAAGAAAAUAACUCGGGUGGCAGGUAGAAAAAGUUUAAAGUGAUAAAUACAGUGUUGAAAUUUGCUGGGUCACAAGAAAGUCCUGAUGCGGUAUCUUUCAAAUUAGUGAAUAUAAAUUAUAUUACAUUCAUAUCAACUGAGCCCAGAUGGCUCCCAUAUCGGGAAUAAAAGACGAUUAGUGACAAACAACGGCGGACUAGAUUUCGGAGUAGCAUCCAGUAGCCAUGUCAUUUUUAUGGCACAUUUUGUUAAACCCGGAAGUGAUUUAGUGCCUUAUCUUGUGGACGGGAAUGUGCUAUGGAUAAUGGAUUAAGUAGGACUAGGGACUAUUUCUAGAUUUAUGUGUGGUUAUAUAAUGGACUAAGUAAUAUAUAUGAUCAUUUUAAUUUUGGAGGUAAGAAUUAUAUAAUGAAAUAAUUAUAGCUUUGAUUUUCAAGUUUUUAGAAUGAUAUAAUUGAAUACAUAUAAAUUUGAAUUUUAAGAUAAUUUAGAAAACAAGGAAUUAAUUAAUUACUUUUAAGAGAUUUCAGCUCAACGGAAAUGUGGUUUAAUUGAUUAUUAAUUUCCACUGGAGCGUAAGAAUAAUUUUGUGUUUGGAUAAUGAUGUAUUAAGUAUUUUCUAGAAUAAGUCUUUUGAUUGAUUAAGUUACUGCUUAAUGAGAUCAAUUAAUUAUUAUAAUUACUUGAUUAAGUAUAUGAUAUUUUCUGACCACUUUAUUGAUAUGUACCCAUUUACCCUUUGAUGGAGAUAAUCUUGUUUUAACUUAGGACAAUUAUUUCUAUGGUUUUAGUAAUUGCAAGUGAAAAAGGAUUUCUUUUACUUAUUGCUUAUAAUCAUUCUAAGUUUUAACCCAAUCGGCAUGUAUGGCAAGAAUACAUACCAUACCCAAUGUAAUACAAUUUCAUUUAUUGUAUUUACACAUAGAUGGCUCUACAAGUGCUUAGCCACCAAGGAGUCACUUAUUAGUCCUACCAAUCUCACCUAUUUACCCUUUUCCUCGACUUUUGGAAAGGGUCUUUUGCAUUAUUUCUUUGUUUUAAUGUUAUCGAGAUUGUAAUAAUAACUCAAUAAUCGUAACACCAAUAACAGUAACAACAGUAUGUCAACGAUAUUAAAACGAAAUAAAAUUCCCGCCAAUUCAAGGAGAUGGGAAAUCAGGAUAGGUCACUAGGGCCUACUGAUAGACUCCUUGCUGGCUGAGCACAUGUAGAGCCAUCUGUAUGUAACAUUCACAAUUAUUUUUUUCUUUUAAAUGCAGGGGACAGAACAUAAAUCCGGGGCGGUUGGGUUAAUAUUGUCUGUUCUAAUUUUAUAACUAGAGUAAAGUGGCAAGCUACUACUAGGUGGUAUAAUAAUUGUAUUGGAUUAUAAUGAACUUAGAUGUAUUAUUGGCAUAUUAGUUUAUG